AUGGAUAUACAAUCUGGAAAUAAUGAAAAUCGUAAUAGUCUUCCUUCAAUUACAAUAUCAAUCAUUCCCCCCGCCGCUUUCCUAAAUUCAUCAUCCCUUAUUAAUUUGUCCGCCUCAAUUCGCCUUUCAAUAUGUUUGCUUUCUUGUUUAAGCAUAAUUUACAUAUUGCUUCUGUUUAAUCCUAACAAUUAUACAAAUGACUACGAUAAUGAUAGCACUGGUAAUUUUAGGCCUCAAAGAGAAAACCAUAUACCGCCGAUAUUUGGAUUGACUUAUAAUGGAAGAUAUACUAUGGAUGACAAUGGGCUAAAUGUAUCAAAUGGAAAUAUUACAGUAUCAAUUAUCUAUCGUAGAUCACAUAUUGUGAAAUUAUAUCGCAUAUUUGUAGUAGCAAGGUUGGAACCGGAUGAAGAAUAUAGGCCAUCAAAGUACUCAUAUUUGACGCUGAGUGGCAAUGGAAUAACUAAUAAUCCAUUACUUUUACCUUCAAUUUUAUCUAUGAAUUCAAUUGCUCCAGAUAUGAAAUCUUGGUACCUUGGCAAGGGGUUGAUGAUAGGCAAAUCGCAGCAGUCAAGGAAGGGAAUUGACAAAUCAUACAACCUUCCUUUCCUAACUUCAAUGAACUACUGGGAUGAUUUAUUAAUCGAAAAUGAAGUGCCUCACUUGUGCGGUUUAUAUGGAUAUUUAAAUUUAACUUCAACUAAACACAUAAAAUCACAGCCUUCAUUCCAAGAACUUGAUGAUUUUUACAUGUCUUCACAAAGAUUAUACAACAUUAGUGACUUAAACUACCAAAUGAAACUAUCUAACACUUUGGAUUCAAUUAAUUUGAUUAAAUACUUCAAACGAUUAAGUAAAACGUACAAGCUUGAUAGGGAUCAAGUCGAGGAGUGGAGAACUGGGUGGGAUAAACGAAUUGGUACAGUUUGGAAUGAUCAAUACCAGCAUAUAGUUGUGGAAUCGGCUGAUACUGAUGAUAGUGAAUUGAAUGGGAUUAUCACAUCAAGUUGUGGAUUUUCACUGAAAUUUUCGGCCACUCAGAUAAACUACGAUCAUUUGGGUUCAAAAAUGGCAAUUUUAACAUUUAUUUACAUUAUACGAUCCAUUGCUGAAGGUUUAGCAUUUCAUUACCAACUUAAGUUACUUAAAACGGAUUCAGAAGCUUCUCGAAUUUCCAUCAUUUCAUUAUUUAUGAUUAUGUUGCUAGAAGUUGCUGAAGUAUUUAUGAUACUUAUUCACUCAAGUAUUAUAUCAACCACAAUAAUUAAUGUUGGAAUUGGCCUAUUUGUCAAAUUUUCAAUAUUUACCUUUCUGCAAAUGAAGAUAAUCAUGGUUAUAUACAAGUCUACACAUCAAAUUAAUAAUCUACCUAUGGUUGUAUUACAUGCUGGAUUAGCUCAGAUAUUGAAAAAAUACUUUUGCAUGGUACUAGUCUUGACUGUGUAUUUCUUUUUGUACUAUAGCACAAAUCCAUUAAUUGGAUUGCCACUAUACUUGUGCUGGGUUCCACAGAUUUGUUUGGACAUAUGGAAAGGGCAGAGGCGUUCAAUGAACAUGAUAUUUGUUUAUAUAGUGGGUAUAAGUAAGAUUUCAUUACCACUGUACAUAUACUGUUGCCCCUAUAGCAUCUUCAACAUGGAUGUAUUUGCCCGUAUAGUUGAUAUGCCAAACAAGCCAUACGCAUUCUUUGUCUUUACAUCGACGACUUUACAAUUGGCUGUUAUGUCAUUGCAAAAGUUAAUAGAUCCGAGAUGGGUAGCUAAUUAUGAUUUUUUGCCAAAGAUAUAUAACUAUGAACGGAAUUGGGCGGGUGAUACUGAUGGAACAAUUGAGUGCGUAAUUUGUAUGUAUGAAAUUCAAUUCAAAAGGAGAAAUUGGAGUGUCACUCCGUGUGAUCACAUAUUUCAUACCUCGUGUCUAAGAGAAUGGACCCGUGUGAGAUUGGAAUGUCCUAAUUGUAGACGUUCAAUACCUGCAUUUCCCUUAUAA